UCCCCGCCUGUCCCGCGGCUCCUGGCGCGGCUGAUCCAUCCCCGCUUUCUCAAUUAAAUCGUUCUUGGAGGCGAGCACGGCGAUUCUUUCCAGGGGCCGGGUUUGGCCGGGUUUCAGCCCUGUCUAUUUUCGGGCUGUGCCCGCCGGCGCUGCCCCGAGCAGCGGCAGCUCGGGUCGGGCUGUCCCGGGCAGGGUGUCCCGGGCUGCCCCGGUCAGGCUGUCCCGGGCUGUCCCCGCUCCCCUCGGCCGCGCCUCAGCACAACUUCUGCCCCGUUUGUGCUGACUCGGCCCCGUUGUGCGGAAACGGCCUCUCGCCACACCUUCCCGUGCUGUCCCCGCUCCCGGCUCGUCCCGUCUCUCUCGGCUGUCCCCGCCGUGUCCCCUGUCCCGCUCCGCCAUGGGGCUGCCGCUGCUGCUGCUGCUGCUGCUGCCCGCGCUGCUGCCCGCCCGCUGCUGCGAGCCCCCGGCGGGCUCGGGGGGCGCCGUGCGGGCGCUGAGUGCGCGGCUGCUGGGGCUGGCCCGGGACCCCGAACGGGACCCGGACCCCGCCGUGUACCUGGCCCUGCGCCUGGCCCGAGAGCACCACCCGCGGCUGGAGCGGCGCUACCUGGAGCGGCUGCAGGACAACUUCCAGCACCCCUACGGCAGGAGCCUGCAGGGCUACGGGCGCUCCCGGUGGGACGCUGAGCGCGGCAUGAGCGCGGAGGAGCCCCCGCACACGGGGCGGCUGGCACUGUACCUGCUGGGGCUGCAGGCCUCCUGUCCCCCCGUCAGCCCCCAUCGCUCGCUGGUGACAUGGCUCAAGUACUACCUGGAGGAGGAGUGGACAGGCUCCCAGCAGCGAGGCCACCCCGUCACCAGUUACUACCAGUACGGGCUGGGCGUGCUGGCGCUGUGCGUGCACCGCAAGCGCGUGCGGGACCCGGUGGUGCAGCGGCUCCUCACGGCCCAGCAGCACGGAAAGCUCGGGCACGGGGGCAACACCGUGGACACCGAGGCCGUGCUGGCGCUGGCCUUCACCUGCCUGGAGCGGAGGAGGCUGGUGGGGACCGAGCUGGCGGCCAAGCUCCGGCUGGCUGCGCGCGAGGCCAGCAGGAACAUGGCCGAGGCCCAGGGCCCCGACGGCAUCAUCGGCAAUAUCUACAGCACCCCGUGGGCCCUGCAGGUGUUCCUGGCCACAGGCGAGUGCCAGACGGAGCCGGCGUUCGGCCAGGCCAUGGCUGCGCUGCUGGAGAACCUGGAAGCCUUCGGCACCGCUGCCACCAUGGCCCAGGUGCUGCCGGUGCUGCACGGCCACUCCUACCUGGACAUCGCCUCCAGGCACUGUGGGGAGGAGCCAGACACGCUGACACCCCGGGACAUGGAGCCUCUGCCUGAGGUGCCGGGGAACAAGACGGUGCAGCUGGUGGUGGAGUGUCCCCUGCCCUGGUGCUAUGACCUCCGGCUCUACGACCGCCUGGUGCCCGUGCCCGCCGCCGCCUCCCUGCUGGACGUGCUGCAGGCGGCUGCAGCGCUGGACCCCCGGGAAUUCAGGUUCCAGACCCAGGACACCCCCCAGGGCCCCUUCCUGACCCAGGUGCUGGGGCUGGAGGCCCGGCAGGAGAAGCGGAACUACUGGCAGAUCCUGUCUGCGCCCAGCACCCCCCUGCAGAUGGGUAUCGCCGAGUACAGACCCCCGGAUGGGGCGACCGUCAUCCUGCGCCUCAGCGAGUGGUAGAGGGUGGGGGGUGAUGGCAAUGAAACCCCCACUGUGGGCACA